CCUCUGUUAGACUCUUGACUGACACACUCUCACUCGGUCGCUUCUACAUAUCUCCUACAGAGAGAGAAGCUUGUGGAUGGCUCUACGAAGGGUGAGCAAAAAAUCCAUAGAACUGGGGCUUUGGCAUAGCCAUGGCCUUGUUCGUGAGUUCUCGACGUUCUCGCUGCCGAACCUUCCCUACGACUACUGGGCUCUGGAACCUGUGAUCAUGACGGAGAUCAUGAAGCUGCACCACCAGCAACACCACCAGUCCUACGUCACCAACUACAACAACGCCCUCGUCCGCCUCGAACACGCCCUCACCAUGGCUGAUUCUCCCACCAUCGUCCGGCUUCAGAGCGCCAUCAAAUUCAACGGCGGAGGUCAUAUAAACCACUCGAUUUUCUGGAAGAAUCUGUCACCCGUUAAAGAACUAGGUGGUGAGCCGCCAAAGCCUUCCCUAGGCUCGGCCAUUGACAGACAGUAUGGUUCUCUCGACGCAUUGAUUCAGAAAGUCAAUGCAGAAGGUGCUGCUUUGCAAGGCUCUGGAUGGGUUGUAAGUUUUCGGAACUUUUUUGAGCAACUUUCUGAGUUACAUCAGAUUCUGAAGUGGCUUGCUCUGGAUAAAGAGCGGAAGCAGCUCUCAGUUGAAACCACUGCAGACCAGGAUCCACUUGUAACUGAAGGAUCAGCUUUGGUUCCGCUGAUUGGAAUAGAUGUUUGGGAGCAUGCAUACUACCUGCAGUACCGUGAUGUGAAAUCCAAUUAUCUGAAGAACAUAUGGAAGGUUAUUAACUGGAAAUAUGCAAGUGAAAUUUAUGAGAAAGAGUGUCCUUGAGACAACAACGAGCUCUUAGUACUGUGGUUAGGCUUUUUACUGAAUGCCGGGUCUGGCCUGGUAUAUGUAUAUUAAUACAAGCAUCGUUGUACAGUUUGUGAUGAAGUUGUCUUUUGGUUAUCUUUCCUUGUAUCAGACAUAAUGCAUGUAAUAAGAAUAUGUUUCUUAUGGUGUGCUUGCUUUUGA